AUGCCGUACGAGGGACUCGACCACCAACCUGACCCCAAUGAUGCUGCUGUGUGGACAUCAAGAACACCAAUAAUUAGGUUCACUACGGUGGAGAUGCACCAAAGUGACCGGGUUAAGCUACAAUUUGGGAUGCAUCAGAAAAUUCCAGAUGCUCCGGUAGAGUUAGGGCAGUUGCAUCAAAAACGGGUGGACGCACAAUGGAGUGUCAAUCAUUGGAAUGAGUUUGCGAAUGAGUUGUGUAAACACUGGAAGAGAAGAAGGCAGCACGUCUUAACCGACCGUAUUGUGCACGGGGCUAGGCCAACUCUUCAAUAUAUGACUUGGUUUAGGUCUGUCACGACAUCUCAGCCUUUCCUGUCCCAACCAACCUAUUUGGUCGACCCAAGGCAACGCGCUUCUUCGUCAAACACACAACAACAGUCCAGUGCCCAAAAUCAGCCUUACGAAAACCCAUACAUGCCACCCACCUAG